AUGUCUUUCGGAAAUUUAAGUAAUUUCGAUCAUAACAUGCAAACUUGGAAUACUUGGAGAUGCAGACUCACACAGUGGUUCAUCGCGAACGAUAUUAACGUGGUGAAAGAUCCAGCAGGAGUCAAAAGACGGGCCAUAUUGCUUAGCACACUCAGCGAAUCUACCUACAAACUGGCAGCUGAUCUCGUGCUGCCUAAAGAAGUUCAAGAAGUACCAUACGAAGAUAUAGUUAGUACCUUGGACAACCAUUUCACUCCAAAAUCAGUGGGAUUUGGCGAGCGUCAUCAUUUUUAUGCCGCCACACAACUACCCCAGGAGACACCAUCACAGUGGGCUGCGAGGUUACGAGGUCUCACUUCUCAGUGUAACUUCAGCAAUGUAGAAGAAGCAUUAAGAGAUCGAUUCAUUAUGGGUAUGCUGCCGGGCGUGGAGAAAGAAAAAAUGUACGUGCAGGAGCUGGCCGGGCUGACCUUCGCCAGGGCUGUGGAGCUGACCGAGAGCUUGCGCAGCGCCCGCGCGGCUGCUGCUGCAAGCGCUGCUGCCGAGACUGUCGUUACAGAGCUGUACAAAAUAGGCAAACGUUCUCCGACUAGUGUACCUCAAAGUGCAAAAGUAAAGUGUUCCGUGUGUGGUUAUUCGAAUCACAAAGCCGCGGAGUGUCGUUUUGCGAGUUACACUUGUAGGAAGUGCAACAAAAAAGGACAUUUGCGUAGAAUGUGCAAAAGAAUCAAUUAUGUUGUAACGGAGGAGAACGAUGAAGGUGACGGUGACGACGGUAAAAUUUGUAACAUUCGAUCUUUGCGAGGUGAACCAUUAAUCGAAGCCGUGUGUGUCAAUGGUAUCAGAAUGAACUUUGAGAUUGAUAGUGGGUCAGCUGUUACCGUUAUGUCCGUAGAUACAUAUAACGAACAUUUUAAAAACAUUCCCUUAUUUAGCACAAAUAAGAAGUUAUUAAGUUACUCGGGUGACGUGUUAGGUUGCGCCGGUCGCGCUCAGUUGUUAGUGGAGUGGCGGGGUCGCACGCGCCAGCUCGACGUGUACGUGGUGCGCGAUGGCGGACCGCCUUUACUGGGCCGCGACUUCAUCGCACAAUUUGAACUGCAGCUAGCGCCCGUAUAUAAAUGUGCCACUACCCGUGACACGUUGAAAUUAAUACAGGAACAAUAUCCCGCCGUGUUCUCGGACAAGCUAGGUAAAUUCAACAAAUAUAAAGUUAAUUUGAAAUUAAAAGAAAGUGCUCAUCCUAUAUUUUUUAAACCACGGCCGGUCGCAUUUGCUCUGCGUGAAAAAGUGGAAAAAGAGAUAAACCGUUUGGUGGGACUGGGAGUACUCCGACCAGUCGAGCAUUCCGACUACGCGUCACCAAUAGUCCCGGUACUGAAACGUGACGGUUCGGUCCGUAUCUGCGCGGACUACUCUGUUACUAUAAACAAGCAAUUAGUUGUAGAACAGUAUCCGUUGCCUACCGUAAACGAGUUGUUUUCUAAACUAUACGGGGGCCAGAAAUUUACUAAAUUAGAUUUGUCUAUGGCCUACGGUCAGUUUUGUCUGGAUGAAGAAUCCCAAAAGUUAACUUGUAUCAAUACGCAUAAAGGGAUCUUCGCGUAUACGCGUUUGGUGUUCGGGUUAGCUAGUGGGCCAUCAAUUUUCCAGCGAGCCAUGGAUACAGUGCUAGCGGGCCUGGACGGCACGCUGUGUUUAUUGGACGAUGUGCUCAUAACGGGUCGCAAUGACUCUGAACAUCUUGAGAGAUUGCAUCAGGUCCUACAACGGUUGCAAGACGCAGGAUUUGUUCUACAAAAGUCUAAAUGUCAGUUCUUUCAAGAUGAAAUUAAUUAUUUAGGGUCUACCAUUAAUAAAGAGGGGCUAAGGAAAUCACCCGAUAAAAUAAAAGCAAUAUUAAAGGCACCGGCGCCUACGAAUGUUAGUCAACUACGAUCUUUCUUAGGCUUAGUAAAUUAUUAUAGGAAUUUUGUACCGAAUGCAUCUUGUAUUCUCGGACCAUUAUACGAACUUUUAAAAAAAGAAACAAAGUGGCGUUGGUCUAAGUUACAUGAUAAGGCGUUUAAUGAAAUAAAAAAAAUGUUAGCAUCCGAUAAUGUAUUGGCCCAUUUUAAUCCUAAUGCAAAUAUAAUUCUCACUGUAGACGCGUCGCCCAAUGGAUUAGGUGCUAUUCUAUCACAGGUGAGUUCCGAUGGCCAGGAAAAACCUAUCUCUUUCGCUUCGCGCACGCUCAACGACGCCGAGAAAAGGUACUCACAAAUCCAAAAGGAAGCAACCGCGAUUAUAUUUGGUGUUCGUCGAUUUCAUCAAUAUUUGUACGGCAGGUCAAAUCCAUUUAUACUAAGGACGGACCACAAACCGCUGCUCUCAAUAUUUGGCCCACAACGAGGCAUCCCAGAAGUCUCGGCAAACAGACUUCAAAGAUAUGCAAUUUUUCUUAGUGGUUAUAAUUAUGUAAUCGAGUACGUGAAGAGUGCAGAUAAUAGUGCGGACUAUCUGUCUCGUGCGAGUCUACCGGCCGGCGCGGGCGCGUGCGGUGGUCGAGGCGGGGGGACCAGGCGCGGAGCGGGAGCGGUCGAUGUCGAUGCGUUCGACAGCGCCUCUUAUGUUUGCUUCGUAGUGCAAGGCGCACUCCCGAUAUCGGUGACUGAAUUACGUAACGCAACCAGCAAUGAUAGCAUAUUACGUGAAGUCAUCAAAUAUAUUCAAAACGGAUGGCCUAAAAAAAUUAUUAACGCAGAAGUUAAGCCUUACUACUUAUGUAGAUUGCAACUGUCCGUUGAAAAUGGUUGCGUUAUGAGGGGUCAUAAAGUGGUGAUACCAGGAAGUUUGCGUCACCGUAUUUUAACAGAGUUGCAUACCUCACACAUGGGCAUAGUUAAAACAAAGGCUGAAGCUCGAUCUCGAUGUUGGUUUCCAGGCUUAGACGACGCCUUAGAAAAUAUGAUUAGCUCAUGUGAGGUGUGUAUGCAGCUACGACCGACUCCGCCGCGCACUCCGGUGUGCCCGUGGGAAUACCCCCCACAACCCUUUUACCGUGUACACUUAGACUUUCUAGGUCCGCUGAAUGGUCGGAUGUACCUGGUCCUAGUAGACGCGUACUCCAAGUGGCUUGAGGUGUACGAGAUGGCUUCCACAACUACUAGUGCGGUCAUUGAAAGAAUGUAUGAGUACAUGUCCAGAUACGGAUUGCCUCAUACGGUAGUUACGGAUAACGGUACUAAUUUUUGUUCUCAGGAGUUUCUUAAUUUUUGUACACUAAACGGUAUAUCUCAUAUUACUUCGCCGGCAUACCAUCCGGCAAGCAACGGACAAGCCGAAGCUUAUGUGAAAAUAGUAAAAAGGGGUAUCAAAACUUGUUUGUUGAGUAGUACAAAUGCUAGGGAAAACAAACUGCGACUAUACAAAUACGUUUUCGAUUAUAGAAACUCGGUUCACUCGACAACAGGAAUGUCUCCGGCACAGUUAGUGUUUGGUCGCAAAUUACGUUCACGUUUAGAUUUAAUGAACCCGCGUUCGCCACCGUCGCCUUCAUCUGCUUCGUUGACUGAUUAUGUUUUAUCUAAACAGUGUACGCAAAGUAAAACAAAAGGAGGGAAAGUCAGAAAUUUUGAGCUAGGCCAAGUAAUUAUGUACAAAAAAUAUCUUGUUAAUAAUAAAUAUACGUGGUGUAAAGGUGUGAUAUUAAAGAGAAUUGGUAAAAACGUAUACAUUGUAAAAGACUUUAAAUCUUCAAUACAACUCAAGAGGCACUCUGAACAGCUGUUUUCGUGCAAAACCAAAUGUGGUGCCAGUCAAACCUGGGCGGAUGACUUGAGCGGUUCUAUUGCUCCAACCGUUGCUAGUCCGGCAACGGGGAUGAUGUCGUCGCCUUGUGAUGAUAGUAGCGGCAUCGGACCUCACACACACGACGAAGAGAGUGCAACUGAGGAGAGGGAAGAGGAGAGCGGCCGCACAGGAAUCUCUAGUGCAUGUGACAACCAGCCGAAUCGGGAGUCACCGGAACCGAGCCACGUAACUGUCACGCGAGGAGUGCGUCGACCCGCGCAGUCUGAAGACUCUGAAGAAGGGGAUCUGUUCUUCGAGGCAGAGGAGGCGAGCUUGGAGCCCCAAAAUAUUAGGGAGCCCAGGUUUCCUAAACGUAACCGUCCCAGGGUUAAUUAUAGACAGUUUUAUUAAAUGUGUAGCUUGUAAUUUUGUUUGUCUUAAUAGUUAAUGUGUCUUGAACUGAUAAGGGAGGAAAUGUUAUGUUUGUAAUAAAUGUUAGUGUGUCACUGGCCGUCUUGAGUAUCACUUGUCCCCAUACA